UGCAAGCAAAUGGUCCUGAAGUCCAGCUUAACCUGUCAACCGUCCUGGCAGAAAAGGUCAUUUCUUGCAAAAAAAUAGAUGGCUUAACAGUACAAGGCCUCAAUGAAGCCAGUGGCAUUAACCUGCCAGGAGCUUACUCGCAUUCCAGCCAAGAGAGGCCAAAUCCCGAGACCAGAAACAGCACGAAAUUGGCCCCACCUCUUACCCAUUGCAAAUCAUCUAAUGCCUUAUAGAGAAGAUGUUGAAGUUGGACUGCUCAUAGGAGCCAACUGUGCACGUGCCAUCAAACCGACAGAGGUGAUACCUGGAAGGCAAGAUGAUCCCUACGCAAAGAAGACUGCACUAGGAUGGGGUGUCAUCGGUGUCGUUAAUCCAACCAAGAUUGAAGAAGAUGACAACCACUGUUCUUGUCACCGCAUCGCGUCCCUAGAAGUUCGUCCCAGCAAUGGAAAAAGAAUGUGUCAUUUCGCUCUCAAGACUCAGGCAAAGGAAGUAUUCACACCUGCGCAAUUGAUCAAAACAUUGGAGCGUAAUUUCAAUGAAACGUCAAGAGAAGAACAACCUGUAUCGUUCCUGGAUAGAAAAUUCCUUAACGUCUUGGAGUCUAACAUCCGACACCGAGACGAUGGCCACUACGAAGUUCCCUUGCCACUGAAAGAAGAAGGGUUAAAGUUACCCAACAAUCUCACACUGGCGUUAAGUCGCCUUGGAAGGCUCAAAAAAAGGCUGAAGAGAGACAGAAAGUAUCGAGAACACUACGAAGCCUUCAUGAAGGAGAUGAUUGAUAAGGGACAGGCUGAGAGAGUUCCCGACGAGGAACUACACCUCUCUAACGGUCGCGUUUGGUACAUACCGCAUCACGGUGUCUACCACCCCCAGAAACCAGACAAGAUCCGAGUCGUCUUCGACGCCAGUGCAGAGUACAAGGGAGAGUCGCUUAACAGACACCUUUUACAGGGUCCUGAUCUGACCAACAGUCUUAACGGAGUCCUCUGCCGCUUUCGUAAAGAACCCAUCGCUUUCACCUGUGACGUAGAAGGAAUGUUUCAUCAAGUGUACGUCAAUCCCGACUAUCGAAAUCUCCUCAGAUUUCUCUGGUGGAAUGAUGGAAAUAUAGACAGCAAACCGACCGAGUUCAGAAUGACAGUUCAUCUGUUUGGCGCUACGUCAUCCCCAGGGUGUGCGAAUUUCACACUGAAAAGAACUGCAGACGACUUUGAGGAGUUGUUUGGAAGCGAGCCAGCCAAAUUUGUCAAAGAUGAUUUCUACGUGGAUGACGGACUGAAAUCAGUUUCAACAGCCAUUCAAGCCUCAGCCCUUAUAAGGAAUACAAAGAGUUUGCUUGCCAAAGGAGGCUUCAACCUCCACAAGUUCAUAUCUAACAGCAAGGAAGUGAUUGAAACCAUUCCCAAAGAGCAACGAGCAAGCGGUAUCAAGGAGCUAGAUUUCAGCAGGGAUAUUCUCCCUAUUGAAGGAGCCUUAGGAGUGCAGUGGUGUGUGCAGUCAGAUGCCCUCCAAUUCCGCGUGGUACUCAAGGACAAACCAUUGACUAGAAGAGGGAUUCUUGCCUCCAUCAGUUCGAUCUACGACCCUCUGGGCCUGGCAGCUCCCUUUCUGCUUAAAGGAAAACAGAUCCUUCAAGAUCUUUGUAAGACUCAAGCUGCUUGGGACGAGACGGUGCCUGAUGACAUUCGAGCAAAAUGGGAAAAAUGGAGAGGAGAGUUGCACGAAUUAGCUGAGUUAAAGAUCCGUCGUUGCUACAAACCAGACAACUUUGGUGAAGUCAAGUUAGUCGAGUUACACAGUUUCUCGGAUGCGAGCAUAAAUGGCUAUGGACAGUGUUCAUAUCUAAGGAUGGUCAACAAUCGUGAUGAAGUGCAUUGUUCGUUGGUAAUGGCAAAAUCGAUAGUUACCCCGUUAAAGCCAGUCACCGUGCCCCGACUGGAGCUCACCGCUGCCGUGGUGUCCACGAAAAUCAGCUCCUUCCUACUGAAAGAACUAAGCUAUGAAGACAUCCACGAGUUCUUCUGGACCGACAGUAAAGUUAUCCUCGGCUACAUUUCAAAUGAAGCAAGGCGCUUUCAUACAUUUGUCGCUAACCGAGUGCAAGCAAUGCGAGAUCAUGCAUCCCCUGAUCAGUGGCACUACGUUGAUACCAAAGAGAACCCAGCCGACGACGCCUCACGAGGUCUUGGAGCUAAAGAACUGAUAACAAGCAACAAAUGGUGGAACGGACCGAACUUCCUGUGGAGACCACUGCCAGAUAAGCCCCACUUUGAUCCUCAAGUAUCUCCAGAUGACCCCGAGGUUAGGAAGGUUACAGUACUGGCAACUAAAUCCAUUGAACACCCAACCCUAUUGGACCGCAUUGAGUACUUCUCAGACUGGUACCGCGCGAAAAGAGCAAUUGCUGUCUGCCUGUUGUUCAUACACAGAAUGAAACUUCACGUAAAGAAAGAUCGAGACAACUCCGUCAGUGACAAAGGCAACCCACUGCACGAAGACAACAAACGAAAACGGCAAGAUCAGUCCUCCAAGUUUGUUACGCCAAGGGUAAAGGAUCUCCAGAGAGCCGAGCUGUUGCUGAUCAAAGCUAUACAGUACAAGGAGUUCCCAAGAGAAAUCGAAGCCUUAGCGAACAAGUCACACAAAGGUGAAAUAAACGCUAAGUCAGUAAAGAGGACAAGCCCUGUACAUCGCCUCAAACCAGUCCUAGAUGACAACGGUGUUCUAAGAGUUGGAGGACGACUUCCUCAAGCCGACCUAUCAUAUGCUGUAAAGCAUCCUGUCUUGCUUCCGAAGAAGGUGCACCUUACAAACCUGAUAAUCUGACACUUCCAUCAACGUUCGGGAC